UUCACAGAUGUGUCUCCAUGCGUACUGACAGCCUGACUGAGCCACGGCUGCCACACUGAACGGAGAGAGAGAAAUCAAGGCAGAGACGGAGAGCAACCACCAAGCAAAUUAUCACACCAUUACUGCUGAGUCUUGCCCACAUCCCUCUCUCUCUUGGAUUGUGGGCUUGAGUGAAAGGGAAGAGCAUCUGAUUGGGGAGAGAAGAAAACAUGGUAAAUCUACCGGCAGACUCGUCCCCAAGGCUUCUAAUUACCCCCCAUGUCUCCACUUUGAUGCCAAGCCUGAAUCUGGAAGCCACGGCAUAAACAAACAGAGGGAUGCACUCAAUAAUUUGACCAUAAAACAAAAAAGAAAAAGAGACAAAAGAAUAAGAGAAGGAGAGAGAGGAUUUUUUUAAUGAAUGAAGCAUCCAACAGCAGGAGGUGGAAAUAGCUGUGUCUACAUAAGAUGACCCCUCUUGUCUCCACAGCCACAUGCUGAGGACGUGACAGCCCACGUGGUCUGGAUGCCAGCAGCUGCCUCUCAGAGCCUCUGACAGCCCCUGACAAUCUGAGAAACACAUCCCCAUCCUCCGAUUCCACGCUCUCAACCCCCCCAGUUGGCCUGGGACUUGUGAGGAUUAUUGAGUCUCUGGAUUACUAAAGUGUCCACUUUGGCCGGAGGAGAAAGGGCACACUAUUACUUAUAGUUUGGAGUGCAGCAUGGGAUGCUCUGGGAGCCAGCAGCGCGGUGGAUGACCUCCAGCAUGCGGCCGUCACAGCUGGAUCUCACGCUUGUGACCAUCCGCCGUGUGUGACCAAGGGUAAUGACCAGGCAUAGCACCAACCCUGGAGAUGCCGAAGAGAAGAGAUAUUCUUGCCAUCGUGUUGAUUGUGUUACCAUGGACCCUCCUCAUCACUGUGUGGCACCAAAGUGCAAUUGCACCUCUGCUUGCCAUCCGAAAGGAUGUCGGGACAGAGACCAGACAUGAGACCGGUGCAGCCAUGGACUCAAAGGAAUACUGCUCACAAGACAAGGACAUAGUGGAGGUGGUCCGUACGGAGUAUGUGUACACAAGACCUCCACCCUGGUCUGAUGUAUUGCCCACCAUCCAUAUCAUCACCCCGACAUAUAGCCGUCCAGUUCAGAAGGCCGAGCUUACACGAUUGGCCAACACCUUCCUUCAUGUGCCCAACCUUCACUGGAUCCUGGUGGAGGACUCUCAGAGAAGAACCCCUCUAGUCACAAGUUUGCUGAGGGAGACGGGGCUUAACUACACACACCUCAAUGUGGAAACCCCACGGAACUAUAAGCUGCGAGGGGACAUGAGAGAUCCCCGGAUUCCUCGAGGAACCAUGCAGAGGAACCUGGCUCUCAGAUGGCUACGGGAGACCUUCAACUCCAACAGCAGCCAGUUGGGAAUUGUCUACUUUGCAGAUGAUGAUAAUACAUACAGCUUAGAGCUCUUUGAGGAGAUGCGCUCGACCCGCAAGGUAUCUGUGUGGCCUGUAGCGUUUGUUGGAGGUCUACGGUAUGAAUCUCCGAAGGUCAAUGCAGCAGGGAAAGUGUAUGGCUGGAAAACAGUGUUCGACCCUCACCGGCCCUUUGCCAUUGACAUGGCAGGUUUUGCCAUUAACCUGCAUCUCAUUCUGUUCAAGCCUCAGGCCUACUUUAAGUUGCGGGGGGUGAAGGGAGGCUACCAGGAGAGCAGCUUACUCAGAGAGCUGGUCACUCUCAAUGACCUUGAACCAAAAGCUGCCAACUGCACUAAGAUUCUAGUGUGGCACACACGGACAGAAAAACCCGUCCUGGUGAAUGAAGGCAAGAAAGGUUUCACAGACCCAAAUGUGGAGAUCUGACAUCUGCUUCAACAACGGGUUGUUUGCAACAAGACCCAAAAAUAGAUGGUAGAGAGAUAAAACCACCUUCAAGUUUUUUAACAAUUCGGAAUGCUUUUUCCUGUAAACCACAAUUAAACAAGCUCAACAAUAUGGACCUCUCAUUCUAAAGCACAGAUAAUUUUUUUGAAAAGGCAAUAUGAUCAGUAUUUUGUGAGAACAAACAUCUAACCCAGAAGGCGCUUGCCAUAUAGAGACAGAAUGGAUAUGGUGGCAUAUUUUGAUAGUGGUACUAUCAAACACAUCUCAUCAAGGGAACAACAAAACCUAGACCAAACUGAGAAAUAGAACUUCUCCUUUCCAGGAUUUUAGAAACUCUGCAUUAAGCAGAGACAUGAAUAAUGGUUGCAACAGUCUCAUGGAAAGAUUUAUUGGGCUGAGCCAGCACUGACAAGAGUGCAUGGUCAACAGUUUAAGAGACAUCCAUGUUCCUUUGCAUCUAACAGACUUAUAAUUAAACAUAAAGAAGGGAAUGUCUUCUUUUUUACAUAAUGUGUAUUUUUAAGUUGAUGUUUUUGUUGUUUACAUCACUGUCUUGCUAGCACAGCACUACUGUUAUGCAGAGUUUUGCCUCAAUUUCAAUUCAGUGUCACUCAAUUCUAUAACACACUACAAUGGUAAUAAACCAGUAAUUCCAGGGCUAGCUGCUAUACUGGAUUUAGGAAUUAUAAAGUUGUAACAUUCUCCUCAUAACUGAGACUUAAAUGGUAUGAAUAGCACUUGAACUUUGUCCAUUGUUCCUGUGUGGACACAUUGUAAAUAUAACUUAAAGAUGAACAAUCAUAGACUUCAAAAUAAAGUGUUCUAGCAUUCAACUGAACAAGCAACGUAACAACUGUAUUUGUACUUCAGUGUAAAGUAGGAUGAAACCAUAGUUUACUACAACAUCCAUAUUCAACACAUAUAAUACUUUCAUGUUCAGAGGUCUUAUUUAAAGAAGAUAAAGUAAUUUGGGCAGGUUCUGUAUUUUCAGAAUGUUAGCAUCUUCACAAUAUAUCAAAGUAUAUUCAGUAUUAAAUGGGCUAGCCAUAGUGAGCAACGCAGAGCUUGCCUCAGUAAAUAUUGAGCUGUAUCAUUUGUCAGAACGAAGCUAUGGGCUUUGACUCUGCAGAGGGGAUUUGUCUUGAAGAGAUGUUGCUUUAAUGAAGCUAAUACUGAGACGCCCGGGAAUCUGCAGCCAAUACAAAAUGUGUGGUUUCAAAAGGCAAGGCUAUUUUCCAAUAUAAAAUUGAAGGAGCAUGUGAAUAUUCUGGGUGUCUUGCGGGACACCACUGAAAUAGCAUGUGCAAAAAUCUUGACCUGUACUAAUAUUGUGACAAAUCUGGCCUGAAUAGAAUUAAACUAAAUUAGUCUGUAAAAUAUUCUCAAAUGACUCAUCAGAUUAAAUUUGUGCUUUUCAAAGAAGCAGCAAUUCAUUAUUUGCAAUUCAUGCAAAAACUUAUGUCAGAAAGAAAGAAAAGAAAGAAAGAAAGAAAUACAUCCAGCUGUUCAACGCAUGCAUCAAACUUUUGUACUCCCUACUGACACUCUGAUUUGGAAAAUACAUUUAUGGGUAGAUGUCAGUUUUGCUGCAUAAAUUGUAGCUUUUCAUAAACGGCUUGUAAAAAUAGGGUCAAGCACAAAUUGUUCAUUUUUCUGACAUAUUAGAUAGAAGUUCUCCUGAAGUUUUUUUGUUAUAGGAAAUUCAUUUUCAUUGUUGUCACCCAACCUAGUGUCAUAGAAGGAACGUUACUGUCUAUAACUACAUUUUUGCAAACUGACUUUUACAUGCCACAUUCUACGUUUCGCUGCAGUUUCCUGGUGAAAUAAACACUAGAGACGCUACAACAACAGUGCGUUUUAUUCACUUUCACACAAAUUACGACUACAAUGGCUGACUAUGACUUCAUAAACACUUAUUUUUCACUCAGUUGUUCACACCCUGCUAUGUUAUUAUAUCAAAACAUUUUCACUCAAAUGCAUCAUUUGAAAAACUAUACAUUUUAAAGCUUGUAUUAAAGACACCUACAUUCACACACUUUUUCCAAUGUGAUUAGCUUUGGUGUAGCUCACCUGAUUGAGCGUUGGACUUCUGACUCGCAAUCUGUGGUUCGAGACCAAUCAAGCAUGCAAGCUGACACGUGAGAUAGAAGCAACACAAAAUGAUGUGGUUGCCUCAGAAAAUGUGCUUUUCAUUUCUUAUUUUGUUUUUGGACACUGUCGGUUAAGUUUAAGCAUUGGUUUGGGGCAGUGGUUCUCAAUUUGUUUGGUUCAUGCCCCACUUUGAAACAAGAAAAACUAAUUGAUUUAAUUUAAAUUAUGUACGUUUGUCACUAGGUUGUUCUGUUAUUUUGAAAACUUUCUGUUACAUAAAUACAUAAAAAUAAAUAAUUAUGCCUGUGUAAUUUCAAAACAUAAAUAAUAAUAAUAAUAAUAAUGAAUAAAAAGUGAUACUGCUGCAGGAGCAACCCCUGGGCAUGAACACAUUGCAAAUUGCACAUGUUGUCAGCCAAAGACUAUUGUUUAUUUCAUGAGACAAAGUUUUCUUCCUUUAGGGGGCGCUUGGCCACUCAGAAAACCGAAUUCUCCAUUCAUUCGCAUUGAACUAUCAGAAAGUUUUAUAUCUCAGUGGAGACAUUUUUACACUAGAUAGUUAUUUUUAAUAAAAACUGAUAAUUGCAAGCAUUCAAACAUGUGAAUGGAGAUAAGCCUCAGCAGUCUCUAUAAAAGUAUUUUUUAAAUCCUUUAUAUUAAACGACUGUGAUUGGCCCAUCCUGGCCAGCGCUAAAAAAAAAAGUAUUACAUGACAGUGCUGUCUAUGCACUGUUUCGGCUGCGGACAGGAGCUCUGUACAAUAAUUUAAACUUGAUUAAUUAUACUAACAAACUUUAAUUACCAGUGAAAUAAAAAUGGCUCUUUCCGCCAUCAUAUACUCACCCUCGUCGUUCAAAACCAGUAUGACUUUUUUCAUCCAUGAAACACAAGAUUGAGGGAUGAGAGGAUCGUGAUUGUGGCAGUCCAAGCUCCAAAAGCAUACAUCAAAGCACCUUAAAGUAGUCCAUAACACUCAUGCCUUAGAUCUAAAUUCCUCUGAAGCCAUAUGAUAGUGUUGUGAGAGGAACAGACCGAAAUUUAAGAGUUACUUCACCUCUUCACCCAUUUGAAAUUGGCGCGCAUGCCAGAACAGCUUGUUUACAUAAGCGUUUCGAGCUCACCUGACACCAUGAACGCUUUGGGCUGUUGAGAGCUGCGUGGUAGGACACGCUGCGGUGCCAGUCGAAAGUUUAAACAAGGCAGGAGAAAAGGCAGAGGAAAAUAAUUUUCACACAUUGUUUCUUGUGUUCAUUGUCAGUCUUUUUGUUGAAUGUGUGAAAGUGAAAGAGAUUUGACAACGGGCCAGCUUCUGUGCCUCCCUUACAAUACCUCUGCCCCACCCCCACCCACGGGGCGCACCCCACACUUUGAGAACCACUGGUUUAAGGUAAGGAUGUUCGCCUAUUUCGCCUGUUCGCGUUAUUUUAGAUCACUACUGAUUAGGUUUAGGUAGUAUUUUUAGGUUAGGGAGGUAUGUUUUACUCAUUAAAACCUCCAUCUAAUAUUCACCUUAGAACCUCAUCUGAUUAUGACAUAAUUUUACUAGCUUUUGGCGCCCUCCUCCGGACAUUUCACUGAGAAACUGCAGCCAAACCUGUAAUGAAGCACAUAAUUUAGUUUUUGCAAAAAUGUUGCCAUGGUCACGUAAUGUUAAUGAGACCAGGUUGAGUCACCUGAACUUUCCAUUGUCCUUGUAGCUUGGACGGUAGAACAUGGUACUCUCAAUGCCAAGAUUGUGGGUUUGAUUCCGAGGAAAUACAUCCAGAUCAAAUGUACUUUGAAUGCACUGUAAAUCACUUUGAAGAAAAGAAUAAAUGUUAAUGUAAUGGAUAUCAAAGAAUAGCAGUGAGAUUUCAAAGGGUUAGUAAUUCUUGUACUGUCACUUUAACAACCCAUAAUUAGUUCAUCAAUCAGUCGCGAGAGGCUCAGGGUGCAUAGCACAUGUUUAAUGGAAUAAAACUUUCCUAACUUUGAGGACACAACAUCCUCCUCGUGGGAUGUGAUGGAUUAUUGCUCUAGGACGUUUAGGCAAAAUGACUCCUCAUUUCUUUGUAAUUUCUGAAGUUUGUGAGAAUCAAAGACUUCAUUGAACACACACAUAACACACUGCUCUGAGCUCUUAUCUGCGGCUGACAAAGUACCACAUCCCUACUGAGUUUCAAAAGCCUCUCGAGCUCAUGGAGGCCUUCAGAGCAAGCAGACAAUACAUGUAAAGACUAAUGAAGGACAGGAGAGGAGUGAGGCAGACAUCGUUAAACUAAAAGACUUAUUGUUGAAGCACUUUUAGUUUUUUCAAAUCACAUCUUCCUUUUUUGUGCAAUUAGCAAGCACUGUCUAUUAAAAGAUGAAAACCAUAGAAAGAUGAGGACAUUAUUCUAGUGUUUUUCGACUGUCUUGAAAUGUAGCUGUUUUUCAUUCUGCGGGAGAGAGACACUUGUUAUGGCAUUAAUUUGAUUCACUUGUUGCCAGCAUUUCAUUAGUUAAAGGUCAUGGGGUCAACUUCCUCACCAGGUUUGAUAUACUAUAAUGCAGGAGUCUGGGAAAACCUUGCCCAACCUUUAUUUCCACAUGUCUACAUUCUCCUCUAGAGCAAAUAAGUGCAUGCAUGCCAACACUGAAUGAAGAUUAUCUUGUCACCUGUUAGAUGCUUAAACACUAAUGCAGAGAUUUUCUGCCUAUUUUGCCUUGAAAUACUUUGCUUUAGUACAAGAACUAUUGUUAGCUGGGGCAAAGCAAAGCAUAAAGGUGACACAUGAACAUGUGAAAUUAAAAAUUAUGGUUAAAAAAUGCCUUGUUUUCCACAGCUGCAUCUGAUGUGUGUCAGAUGCUGCCACAAACACCUAUUUAAUGUAUUGUUAAAGAAAAAAAACAACUGUUGUAAAAGGUUUUGUAUUUAUUAUAUAUUGAUAUACAGUAUUUAUGUAUUUAUUUACAUGACAGUCUUUUCUUCUGAAAGUGAACUUCUGAAACUCCACUCAAAUAGAAAAUGCAUGCAUCUGUUCUUUCUUUCUUGCUUGCUUGCUUUCUUUCUUGCUUUCUUUCUUCCUUUCUUUCCACCUUUCCACAAAAGGCUGUCUGAGCUCACAAACAGCACAGACUGUUGUUUUGUCAUAUUGCCACUGAUCUGGGAUUUGAUUGAUGGACUAAGAUACAACAAACCAUGCAGCUCAUUAGAAAAAUAUGUGUGACCCACGGCACAAGAAUCCCUAUAUUAAGGACAUCUUUCCUGAUUUAGAGAUCCACAACUUUUGUUCCAAACCACAUUAACACAAUCAUCAGAAAUCAUGCCAGUCUGUUUGGUCAUCUAUUUCUAAAAGUGAUCAGAUUUUCCACAUUGCCCAAAUUUACUGAAAUUAGUAUCUUUGCCUACACAGCCACCUUCAUCUCCUCUCUUACUUGCAAGAUGAAACAUUUCUGCACGUUACUCUUGUAAAUGUUCUUUUUUGCUCCACGGAUCACCUCAGAAGGAACGAGAAUAUAAAUGUCAGAAAAUAAUAAAUGUGUUAGGAAAAACAGAAUGUGUUUUGAUUAAUUAGAUAGCAUGUUUCCUUCAUUUUUUUCGGAAUGAAUGUGACAUUUCCAUUUCACAUAUAAUAUCUUAAAUAAUAAAAUGUGAUUACACUUUGCAAUAAGGUUGUAUACAUUAACAUUUGACAAUGCAAUAGUUA